AUGCUGCUGUCUUUGGUGCCCCCUGUGGGUCUGGGGGAGACGCUGAUGGUGGCGCUGUUUGAUACGACAAAGACGGAGCGGGCCCUGCUGCUGUCAUGUGACUCGGGACAGUACACAGACGAUGGAGAGUGCUGUAAGGAGUGUCCGCCAGGAGAGGGCGUCUUAACCAAGUGCGGAGCUACUCAGACUGUCUGCGCACAAUGUUUAGACAGCGAAACCUACUCAGAGAACUACAGCCACACAGAGGAGUGCGUGGCCUGUACGCAGUGCACGGGCAUGAUGCGCAUGGAGACGCCCUGCACCGACUCCAACGACGCCAUCUGUGUCUGCAACUACAACUUCUUCCUGAGCGAGAUCUCGGGGCAGUGCGAGCCCUGCACCGUCUGCCCCAUGGGUCAGGGGGUGUUCGUGCACUGUUCCCACGACCACGACACGGUGUGCGAGGAGUGCGUGGACGACACCUACUCCGAGAGGGACAGCUCCUUAGACCCCUGCCUGCCCUGCACCAUCUGCGAGGAGGACACGGAGACACAGCUGGAAGAGUGCACGCCCAUCAGUGACUCUGUCUGCCUCAAUCCUCUGCUUCCCACGUAUAUCCCAUUCAUGGACUCAACCACGUCACAUUUCCCCCCAAACUUCCCCUUCCCCGAUGGGUCUGAGAGCCCGUUGCCUGGGGAGACCACCACUUCCGCACCCCCACGGUUCCUCGGAGGGGGGCUUAACGAGAACCUUAUCCCCAUCUACUGCUCCAUCCUGGCAGCUGUCGUGGUGGGAUUCAUAGCCUACAUCAUCUUCAAGAGGUGGAACAGUUGCAAGCAGAACAAGCAGGCGGCUAAUAAUCGGGCCGCGACCAACAACCAGAUGGUGACCCCAGAGGGAGAGAAGCUGCACAGCGACAGUGGCAUCUCUGUGGACAGUCAGAGUCUACAAGAGCAACAUCAGCAACAACUGCAGCAGCAACAGCAGCAGCAGCAGCAACAGCAGCAGCAGCAGCAGCAACAGGCCCAGGCCGAAGUACAGCCACACGCACAUGACCAGAUAGUCGUGCGAGUCGACGGCGGCCCACAGCCCGAAUCCCCUCCCCCCGGAGUCUGA